CUAUUCUCUCUUGUCUUCACUUCUCUCUAGCUAAAGACUAAACCAAGAAUAAUAUAAUUCACAUAAAGAGAUGUGGCAAACCAUUUUAGCAUUUCUCAUAUUCAGCCUAACCAUAACCCCAACAACAUCCAACAACACCAAUUACAUCUAUAAAUCAUGCAACACCACGUUGUACCCUGGGCUUUGUUACGUGUACCUUUCACGAUUCGCCACAAGAAUCCAUAAAAGCCCAAGACUCUUGGCCCAAACCGCGCUAGCUGCAACACUUAGCACUACACGGACCACCACAAAAAAAUUAAUAGCUUACUCAAAAACCCACAAAUUGACACACAAAGAAAUGGCUGCAAUGAAAGAUUGCCUAGAGGAAAUCGAUGAUUCGGCCUACCAACUCCACUUGUCCAUGGUAGAAAUGGGUAAAAUCCGAUCUGGAUCCGAUUUCUUGUUUAAUAUGAAUAGUAUAGAAACAUGGGUCAGUGCGGCGCUCACGGAUGAUGAUACAUGUACGGAUGGUUUUUCUGAUAAGUAUAUGAACAAAGAGGUUAAAUUCGUGGUUCGCACACAUGUUACGAAGAUUGCGCAUUUGGCUAGUAUCGCACUGGCAUUUGUCAACAACUAUGCCAAGGGAUAAUUAAUCAGUCAAUUAUUGGAGAAUUUAUCAGAUUGUAUGUCACGGUACAAAUUAAAUAUUUAUACUCGAAUGUAUAAAAUUUUCACAUUGUCCAUUCAUGCUAUCAAAUAAUUGAUUCAUUGGUAA